CAACUUAACUAUCAUCAGACAUCAAAACAUCGAAACAUCAUGAGCUUACCAUCCACUCUAGCUAUUGAAGUUAGAUCAUAUUUAAACCAACCAGAUGUCGAUUUACAAUUAGUUAGUGCAAAACAAAUCCGAAGACAUCUUACCACGAUCUUUCCUUCUUUAGAUACAAAGCUUUACAAGACCGAAAUCGAUGGGAUUUCGAUUCCAAUCUUUCAUGAAGUACAAAGAGAAAUUGCUGAAGGUCAAAAUGGAAUCAAAAAAGAAGAAGCAGAAGAAGAAGAAUUACCAUUGACACCUAAUUCAGCACCAGCACUUGGACCUGAUAGCUAUGGAUUAAGCUUACCGUCUGGAGGGAUUCCAGGAGGAAAUCAAAGAUCUCAAAGCCAAUCACAAGAAGUCCUAAGUUAUUCGAUCCCACGAAGUUCUCAACCUAUCAAACCAUCAAGUAAAUCGAAACCUACACCUAUCAAAUCACAAAGCCGAAAAAGAAAGAGUGCAGCGUUUGUAGAGAGUGAAGAUGAUGAACCUAAACCAAAGUUGAAUGAAGGAUCUAAACCCAAAAAACCUAGAAAACCUAGAGCUCCUAAAUCCGAAUCUGCUGAACCUAAUUCGUCUAAUAAAGGAAUCCAUAAAGAAAUGAAUUGUUCACCUGCUCUAGGUGAUCUGAUUGGAGUCUUAACGUGUUCGAGACCUCAAGUGGUUAAAAAGAUUUGGGAACAUAUUAAAGCAAAUGACUUACAGGAUCCGAAAGACAAACGACAAAUUAUAUGUGAUGAAAAGAUGAAGGCGGUCUUUAAUGUGAAAACAGUUCAUAUGUUUACCAUGAAUAAAUUACUUGGAGACCAUCUUUGGGCAGAUGAAGAAGUACUGAAACCUAAAGAUGAACCGGCUCCUUCUGCAAGCUUUCAGUCUAUCACCCCUGGUUCUUCUCAAAUCGUUUCAACUUCAUCAUAACCAUUUCUUUUGAACCGCUUCACUUCGACUUCGAUCUUAAACUUCUUAGAUCUCUUUUACCUAUCAAACUCAAAAGUCACUUGAUCAGAUCCAAAUGACCUUUUUUUGUAGGGGAUACUCAGAUGUGCUUUGGAGACUCUUUCAAUAGGAUAAAGAAAAAGAAAUCAUGAGGUUGAUAUGGGGUUAUGGGUUUGGUUCAAACCAUCCGAUCGUUUUCUUUGGUCUCGUUCUUUUAUUCUACAUUUUCGAUCAUCUUUUUUUGUUAUAUUUCUAAAGCAUUUCGACCCCAAAAUAUCUUACUUUCUUAAGUAUAUAUAUACAUACAUAUCUAAAAUGAAGAAAAUCAAUUUGUAGAAUGUAAAACUUCUGAUGUUUUGAAAAUCUUGUUAUACUUGAU